AUGGAGGGCGAAAAUCUUUGCAGUAAUAGUACAUCUUCAGGGUCAAGAUGGAAUCCCACAAAAGAGCAAAUAAAUAUGCUUGAGAGUUUGUAUAUGCAGGGAUUAAGGACUCCAAGUGCAGAACAGAUUCAGCAGAUUACUGAAAAGCUUAGGGUUUAUGGUCAUAUUGAAGGGAAGAAUGUUUUCUAUUGGUUUCAGAAUCACAAGGCAAGACAGAGACAGAAGCAGAAACAGGAGAAUAUUGCUUAUUUAAAUCGCUUUCUUCACACUACCCCAGUUUUUCCUACAUACCAAAAUGUUGUCUGCAGUCCAUAUUACGUACAACCACCUCAGAGUGAUUUAGGGUUUUAUUCGCAGUACUCAAAGGUGCCCGUGCCACUACCUGGAGGAUUCAAUACCAGAAUAAUCCCAGAAAACAUUGGAAAAAACAAGGACAAAGUCAUUCAUCCCAGAAGCAGAAACGAGGAGUUUGAUGUCAUUUCCAACAAAAAGUGGUCUAAUCAAGAAACAUUGGAUUUAUUCCCUGUACACCCAACUGGCAUUUUACAAGCAAAAACAGGAAGCCCUAACAGUGCUGAGAAUUCCACUCCUAGUAGUCCAAGUUCUUCUGAGAAUAAUUGCAUUUUUGGGCAUCCAUUUUUUGACUUUUUGUGUGGAAAUGGCCCUUAUGAAAGUCACUGA